AUGAACAGCCCUGAUUUAUCCUACACGGUUUUCCAAGUGAGUCAGCCUAAUGGUACCUCGGUCGAGGUUUCUAUUUUCAAACUUUUUUGCGUGUACCUAAUUGCGCCCAUCUGCGCCUUCAGUUAAUUUCACGUUGAUUGCUCUCGAAGAGGACAAGCAAUUUGAAAAUGUAGUAGAGAACUAGAAACUAAAAGAACACAAACAGAAUGAAAACUUGGGUUCAAUGUUCUUUUUGCAGGCUUUGAAAGGGGGAGCACUAUUUCUACUUGUAUUAUGGACGAUUUUUGCCAAUUCGUUGGUUUUCAUCGUUCUUUACAAGAAUCCUCGUAUGCAGACAGUGCCGAACUUAUUGGUGAUAGAAAAAAUGAAGGAUUGAUUGAAGUUCAGUUUUUAGGUUGGUAACUUGGCUUUUUCGGAUUUAGCCCUCGGGUUGAUUGUCCUGCCAUUGUCUUCCGUUUACGCAAUAGCCGGAGAAUGGAUAUUUCCAGAUGCUCUGUGCGAAGUCUUCGUGUCAGGUAACUCUUGUCCUACGGUCUUGCUUGAGAUUUUUUUCAAAACACAAAAAGUUGUGAAGUGCUUCCCUUUUUGAAAUUUGUCACAUCUUGCCAGUUAUUACAUUACACAACGGAAACUGGAAUCAAUUUCGCCAAAAUGCAAAGUUCGAAAAUUCCGAUUUUUUUUACUAGGCUUUCGGUCCUUGCCUCAAUAACUAAAACUACUUCAGCCGACAUUCUUUGCUCGACCGCAUCAAUCUGGAACCUUUCAAUAGUUGGUUUGGACAGGUACUGGGCUAUCACAAGUCCUGUCGCUUACAUGAGCAAAAGGUACAAAUGAACCUCCAAAUUUUUGCAAGACCGAGAAACUUCCAGAAACAAAAGAACAGCUGGAAUUAUGAUAUUGUCUGUUUGGGUUUCCAGUGCAUUGAUAUCAUUAGCUCCUUUGUUGGGGUGGAAACAGGUUGGAUUGAAAAAUAUUCAUCUAAACCAAGCUUUAAAUUCAGACGGCCAUCUCAGCAAAUUUGAUUUUCGAGAAAAAUCAAACCGUUAGACAGUGCACAUUCUUGGAUCUGCCCACGUACACCGUCUAUUCGGCCACGGGCUCAUUUUUCAUCCCAACAAUAUUGAUGUUUUUUGUAUACUUCAAAAUUUACCAAGCCUUCGCAAAACAUCGUGCUCGUCAAAUCUAUCGUCAGAAGGUUUGUCUUACAUAACAUUAUCAGAAAAAAAAAAAAUAAAAUAUGAGAGAUAGGUUCACAUUCACACUUCAGUAACGAAAACUCAGUCUCUAAAUGUCGGUGCUUGAGACGUCAAGUGUAUUUAUUGCUGUCUUUGCAUAAGCAUGACAUUAACUUUUGCUUGUUUGGAAAUUCUUGCUCGCGAAAACUUUUUCGAUGUUCAGAUCAAAAUAAAGUCUUUCAAAUCUCACUAUAACUUUUUGCGCGCCACUUCUACAAAGUCGAGCUAGUGAAGAUGACACGCAAAACACUGAUCAAAAAUUCAUAUGUAAAUAAGAAAGAUGGCGUCUGGCUGCAAAAACAGUAUUUGAAGACUCAAUUACUAUCAUUGUGGCGUUCAUUGCGAUUCGAAAAGUUAAGGUCGCUAAAAAUCGAACGUAAAGAAAUUCUCGCGCAAGUUAGGUUGAGUCGGCCGCGAAAAAAAUAUUCUCUCCGUAGACUUUUUUUGCUUAAUUGGUCUCGAAAAUCGGAAAAUAAUUCCUCUACAAGGUGUUCUGAAGAACAACUACUUCCCACUAGAGUUUCUAGACUUUUGAAAUUCUUUAAUUGCCAUGAAAAAGAAAAAAAUCUGAAAACCAAUAAUUUUCAAGCUCAAUAACGUCAAAAAAUAGAGCGUGUUUGAAUUUUGUUUAUGUUCUCAGAGCAUUUUCGCAAAUAAUUGAAUUUUCCGAGUUUUUAAGCUUUUACUCUGAAUUCCCGGAGUAAACCUAUAGUUAUUACGUUUGCCAAGAAUUCUUUUUUUGCUGAUCAUGAAACUGAAGUUGAAUCGGAAAAAAAGACAAUCAAAACCGAAAUCUAACCGAAACGUUUUUUAGCUGGCCGUCUCGUCCCAUGUAAGAUUUUCAUUUGUCAAAUUCUUCUCGUUUGGUAGCACUAUACUCGUGACUCUAAUCACUGCACCCAGUCUUUCAUCGUCGCAGAUCUCCUAGAAAACAUUUUAAUUGAGAGGAAAAAUCGGAUUAUAAAGAUGACGCGAGAUUUUUUUUGAAUGCUUGCAUGUGUUGCGUAAGUUGUGUGUUUGCGCGUUUUCAGCCAUUUCUCCGAGGUCUGACGCACUCGUAUAACCGUCAAUGAUGAGGUCGUCUUCCUCCCACUCUCCCUAGAAAUUAGCACGGCCUAAUCGUUGUGGGUUUCUACCAUCUGCCGCCAAUAACUCGAGAUAAAGCAAGAAAAUAACCACCGAUUUCUACUUUGCUUGUUUGGUUGUAAUAGAAAAACGUUCUCACCAUUCACUAGAUGUUACUUGCAAGGUUGCUCACGCGUUCUGUAGAAGCAGUUCAAACAUUGUGGCAUUUAAGGUCAUAAGAAAACACAUCGAAUCAACGAUUCUUCAUGAGAUCAGUCAUGUUUUGCCAACUUCCGACGAGUUCGCAAAAGAUGAAGACGAUGACAGUGAGAAUAGAGGUGCAAUAUUGAAGUACAGGUUGAGCUUUAGGUGAGAGCUCAGGGCAAGUUGAGAAUGGGAUUGGAAACGGCAACAGCCCUAUUAUUGAAGAAUGCGAAGAAGAAGAUUCAGACGCGAAAAAUGAGGUAAUAUUCUGAAAAAAUUAUUGUUGAUAUAAAAAAAACUAAGGACAACACAACUAUGACGACAAUAGUCGCAACGGUCGGUGGCUCCCAAGAUGUUCCUUACGUAAAACGGGGAGCCAAGGUGUAGUAAUUGUUUUUUUUUUUCAAAAUUGUCAUUAAGGCUUCUAAAUCUGUCCCUGCUACUUUGGAAAGAGAACGUCCGCAGCCGAAACGAGAAGCCAAACCCAUGCGCAGCGCCAUGACGAUAAGUUAUGAGAAGGUUAAACGGCAUAAGAACAGGUUCCAAAAAGCCCACAAUCCCGAUUUUCAAGCUUUGAAUUGAAGGAAAGAACGGGUAUAUCGGAAAAGUCUGCAAAGGAAGCCGCGAGCCAUUUCUGCUGCCAAAGAGAGGCGUGGAGUCAAAGUUUUAGGCAUCAUUCUUGGAUGCUUCACCGUCUGUUGGACUCCUUUUUUCAUGUAAGAGUUGAAAAGAAGGAUAUUCACUACAGAAAAAAGUUGAAUUUUUUGAAACUGCCAAAAGGAGAAUUUCGAACGACUUGCAGUUUUGGCGUUAUCAUUUCAGUACGCGAAAGCAGCUUUUGUAGAAUUUGAGACUUCGCAAUGGUUGAAUUUAAAAAAAGGAAGUAAACUCCGUUUAUUUCAUUGAAAAAUGAUUUUUUUUUUCUCUCGGAGUUCGAAAUUUUUCGAAUUUUCACAAUAAACCGGGUUUUUAGAAAAUUGACUCAAUUUUACUGAUUAGAAAAUGGUUUUGAAUCCCCGUAGCGCUUUUGGAUGAGACCGAGAUCACAAAUGACGGUUUUCGCGUUUAUUUUUCAAUGGAUGAUGACAGUUGACUUCAGCCGUUUUGCCAUGUCUCCUCAGAACUUUAUCUCAUAAUGUGCGCCAAAAAAUCAGUUCUCAAUCAUGAAGAAAUGAAGUCAAAAGAUUUGUUUUCAGAAUGUACGUUUUGGUGCAGUUCUGCAAGUCGUGCAGCCCCAACGCACAUAUCGAGAUGUUCAUCACGUGGCUCGGGUACAGUAAUUCGGCUAUGAAUCCCAUCAUUUACACGGUUCGUAAACAAGAAUUUCGGAGAACAUGGAAUUUUGGGCAAGCUUCCAGGUUUUCAAUCGAGACUAUCAAAUAGCGCUGAAGCGGUUGUUCACUUCAGACGAGAAGCAGGCGCCGCGAAGAAGAGCUCUCUAA